AACGAUUUCGAUUAAUCGACAAGCAUCACCCAACGUGAGCAUAGGUCAACAUAACCAAGUUUCACUUCGGUUGAAAUAAAACUUACAAAACAUCGCAAUACAUUAAAAUUGAUUGAUGCCAUGUUCGGACGAUUGAUGUCAACAGUUCUUCAGACGGUUCAUCGGUCGAUGGUUCUGCCCACGAGAUCAUUGUGUAUGAAGCCACCGGUGAAACUACCCCUGACACCAUACGAAAUAGCUGGAGGCAGAUGGGGAACGAUGCCAUUCUUGCACCAGGUAAGGAACAACUGGCCAAGACCAAAGGAAACUAAAAGGAUUAAAACUCAUGGGUAUGCAAAGCGAAUGUCUACUCUCGCUGGAAGAAAAAUCAUCAUGAGGAGAAUCCUCAAGGGCUGCUCCAUUCUGUCCCACUGAAUUUACAAUACCAAUGUAUUAUUUUCAUCUGAGAACUCUAAAUAAAUAAAGACAGCCAAAUAUUAUCAAUUAA